GUAUUGCUAUUUAAAGGUGCCACUUGAGUUUGUUUUUUGGCGACUAAGCCAGCAAUUUGAGUUGUUUAAAUCAAAACGAUACCAUUUAGUCACACAUUCGCCUUUCUUUUUGAAAUAUUUCUCUUUCUCUUUUUCUCAACCUCUUUUUAAAAGAAAAUUUUACAUAUACCAAGAGGCACUCUUAUAUAUAUGAAAUCUUGAGAAAACCCACUGAAAAAAAAAAAACCGUUAAAAAAAAUAAAAAUUUAAAAAAAAAAGCCCGCUAUUUUUUCUAGCAUUCAAAAGUUUAGCAUAUCCAACACAAUGGAUACUUUUUCCAGCCAAUCAUCUGAUCACUCUCAGCCUCACAUUCACUGUUGCAGCACACAACUAUUAUUUGACAAAGUUACAAAAUCUCUUGUAGGCGUCGACGAUUGGAUUGCGCAAGAACUGGAACGAAUCAGUCACAACACAUAUCCACGUAACUGCAAUAACUACGAAGCAUUACUAUAUGUAAUUGAAGGUCAUUAUCAAACCGAGAGCUACAGUUACCCAGUCAAUGAUGAAUCAUCUAUGACUAAACUAAAUGAUGACACUAAUAAACGGGGGAAUAGCCAACUGACCCAGAAGAAUUUGAUUUUGGCUUUUUCAGAACUUAUUCAGUAUUGCCAACAAGAAUCUCCUCAAUUCUAUUUAUUCCAACACCGUCAACCUCUCGAGCUCUUAAUGGAGCUUGAAAAAAUGUGUGAUAUGAAUGCAGAUAUUCAGACUUCGCAAAGAAGAUUAUCGUGUAUCCUAUUUGGCCAAAAUAUACCCAUUAUCAAUAAAUUAGUAAGCGCCUGGACAAUCAUCUGCCUAUGGGCUCGGCAAGAUAUCGUGUCCAUACCACAACAAGAAAAAUGGAACAUUUUUGGUGUCUAUUCUUAUCAAAUUGCUAAAAAGGCCUGUGGUAUACAAUCCAAACAAUAAAAUUUCUACCAUAUAUUGCAUAAAACCUAGUGUAACAUUUCAUCUUAUUAUAAAAAAAAAAGCUUUGGGUCGCUCCACCCUCAUUACAUUGCUUACAAAAUAACAUUACC